AUGGCGGAGACGUUAGCAGACCAGCUGGCGAUCGAGCAGACCGGACCAGGCCAGUUCAUCUCCAAGGAGCUGCCCAAACGCAUGGGCAACGCAAUGCCCAUUGCCUACGGCGGGUGCACCGCAGGAAUAGCCACCCGCGCGGCCUGUGCCACCGUCCCCGAGUCGUUCUCGCUGUACUCCCUCGUGGGCCACUUCCUCGGCCCCGCGUCGACGACGGAGAAGCUGCUCUGCACCGUCCACGCCACGCGCGACACAAAGACCUUUGCUACCCGGCGCGUCGUGGUCAGCCAGCGGCGGCCGGACGGCCAGCUGCGCGCGUGCAUGGAGUUGUUGGCCGACUUUCACGUCGAGGAGCCGGCGCUGAUGGCAUACUCGGCGCCGCCGUCGAUUCCAUUCGCGGGACCGCGGGAGAGCCCCACGGCGAGGGAGCUGGCGCAGAAAGCCGUCGCUCAGGGACUUGCCGGUAGCGACGUGGCCGAGAAGAACACCGUCAUGUUCUCGAUGAUGGAGCAGUUCUUCGAGACGAGGACCUGCGCGGAGGGCCUGACGGGUCAGAAUGUUUUGGGCCUCCUGAGGACGCAUCCGACGGACCAGGACGAUCUUCCGUUGACAGAGAGGAGUUCGGGAGAUUGGGCCAAGACGAAGGAGGUCCUGACGUCGGCUGGCGAGAAGGCGGCUGCUCUCUCGUUCUUGAUGGACGGCGGCCUGUCCUUCCUCCCCCUGUGGCAUGAGCACCUGUGGUUCGACGAUGCCGGGGCUUGCUCGACGCUUGACUUCGCUCUGCGGCUCUUCACGCCGGAUGUCGACCUGAGCAACUGGCACCUCCGUGAGAGGAAGACUAUUGCAGCUGGCUUCGGCCGGACGUAUUCAGAGGGCCGGCUCUGGGACGAGCAGCGGAACUUGGUCGCGUGCAUGACGCAGCAGUGCAUAUUGCGGCCAAAGCCCCAGGGCAAAGUAAGGGCAGUGCUGUGA